AUGCUGGCUGUCCCAGAGAUGGGCCUGCAAGGGCUGUACAUUGGCUCUAGCCCCGAGCGGUCCCCCGUGCCCAGCCCGCCCGGCUCCCCAAGGACCCAGGAAAGCUGUGGAAUUGCCCCCCUCACACCCUCGCAGUCUCCAAAGCCGGAGGCCCGAGCCCCGCAACAUGCUCCCUUCUCUGUGGUGGUGGCCAUUGACUUUGGCACCACCUCCAGUGGCUAUGCCUUCAGCUUUGCCAGUGAUCCUGAAGCCAUCCACAUGAUGAGGAAAUGGGAGGGCGGGGACCCAGGAGUGGCCCACCAGAAGACCCCCACCUGCCUGCUGUUGACCCCGGAGGGCGCCUUUCACAGCUUUGGCUACACUGCCCGCGAUUACUACCACGAUCUGGACCCUGAGGAGGCGCGGGACUGGCUCUAUUUCGAGAAGUUCAAGAUGAAGAUCCACAGCGCCACUGAUCUCACCCUGAAGACCCAGCUGGAGGCCGUAAACGGAAAGAAAAUGCCUGCCCUGGAGGUGUUCGCCCAUGCCCUACGCUUCUUCAAGGAGCAUGCCCUUCAGGAGCUGAGGGAGCAGUGCCCAUCGCUGCCAGAGAAGGACACCGUGCGCUGGGUGUUGACGGUGCCUGCCAUCUGGAAACAGCCUGCCAAGCAGUUCAUGCGUGAGGCUGCCUACCUGGCUGGCCUGGUGUCGAGGGAGGAUGCAGACCAACUACUCAUCGCCCUGGAGCCAGAGGCUGCCUCUGUCUAUUGCCGCAAGCUGCGUCUACACCAGCUCGUGGACCUAAGCAGCCGGGCUCCAGGCAGUGGACGCCUGGGUGAGCGCCGCUCCAUCGAUUCCAGCUUCCGGCAGGCCCGCGAGCAGCUGCGCCGGUCCCGCCACAGCCGCACGUUCCUGGUGGAGUCCGGCGUCGGAGAGCUGUGGGCAGAGAUGCAAGCAGGAGACCGCUACGUGGUGGCAGACUGCGGGGGAGGCACGGUGGACCUGACCGUGCACCAGCUGGAGCAGCCGCAUGGCACGCUAAAGGAACUCUACAAGGCAUCUGGUGGCCCCUAUGGCGCGGUGGGCGUGGACCUGGCUUUUGAGCAGCUGCUGGGCCGCAUCUUUGGAGAAGAUUUCAUCGCCACCUUCAAAAGGCAACGCCCGGCAGCCUGGGUGGAUCUGACCAUCGCCUUUGAGGCCCGCAAACGGACGGCAGGCCCACACCGUGCAGGGGCACUCAACAUCUCGCUGCCUUUCUCCUUCAUUGACUUCUACCGCAAGCAGCGAGGCCACAACGUGGAGACAGCCCUGCGCCGGAGCAGCGUGAACUUCGUGAAGUGGUCCUCACAGGGGAUGCUCAGGAUGACUUGUGAGGCCAUGAACGAGCUCUUUCAGCCCACGGUCAGUGGGAUCAUCCAGCACAUAGAGGCGCUGCUGGCACGGCCCGAGGUGCAGGGCGUGAAGCUGCUGUUCCUGGUGGGCGGCUUUGCCGAGUCGGCUGUGCUGCAGCACGCGGUGCAGGCGGCGCUGGGCGCCCGCGGCCUGCGCGUGGUGGUCCCGCACGACGUGGGCCUCACCAUCCUCAAGGGCGCGGUGCUGUUCGGGCAGGCGCCGGGCGUGGUGCGGGUGCGCCGCUCGCCGCUCACCUACGGCGUAGGCGUGCUCAACCGAUUCGUGGCUGGGCGCCACCCGCCCGAGAAACUGCUGGUCCGCGACGGCCGUCGCUGGUGCACCGACGUCUUCGAGCGCUUCGUGGCCGCCGAGCAGUCGGUGGCCCUGGGUGAGGAGGUGCGGCGCAGCUAUUGCCCGGCGCGCCCGGGCCAGCGGCGCGUGCUCAUCAACCUGUACUGCUGCGCCGCCGAGGACGCGCGCUUCAUCACAGACCCCGGCGUGCGCAAGUGUGGCGCGCUCAGCCUGGAGCUAGAGCCCUACGACGGUGCGUCCUCCGGCCGCCGCGAGAUCCGCGCCGCCAUGCAGUUUGGCGACACCGAGAUUAAGGUCACCGCCGUCGACGUCAGCACCAAUCGCUCCGUGCGCGCCGCCAUCGACUUUCUUUCCAACUGA